AUGGACGCCAGACCCCAACGCCCGCUGCGACCCUUCGUGGCGCAAGUUCAUCACAACGAGAACUUGUCCCUCAAUACCACCGGCCACGCAUCCAGGAACGGCCAGACCCAUCAGGCCAAUUUGAACGGUGCCACGACUGCUGGGGGUUUUAAGGGACCUAUCAAGCGAGCCGCCUUUGGAGACCUGAGCAACACGUCUGCGCCCACCGUCAGCCAGGUCACCAAGGGUCUUGUGAAGCACACAGCAAACACGGCUAAGAUGGUCCCUUACAAGGACGACAACAAGGAGAACGCCGUCAAGGCUGGCAAGAGCAAGGAAGCCUUCCUGAGACCAGCUCAGCGGCCAUCCAAUGGUCUGAAGCCCUCAUCGACCACAGCCGGCUUCUCACAGACCGAGUCUCGAGGACACACCGUCAUGAAACAGAACGCGGCUAAGAAAGCAACCUUUGUCUAUGCCGACGAGCCCCAGCAAAAGCAACAGACCCUCAGUCGCCAAUACAGGAGCCAACCCUACCUCAGAGCCGCCGACGCGCCUGUCUUGCGCCGAACACAAAGCAAGCAUACCAUCCAGGAGGAGAAGCCUCACGAUGCCGAGGACGAAAACGACGCAACGCCCUACGAGGACGCGGUGGAAGAGCUCCCUCGACGCGACGCGUACUUCCCUCCGGAGUUACCAGUUUCCGAGCAUGUGCAGCCACACAUGGCUGCUGACACGAAGUCAUCCCAGCAUCUCCCUGCGCCAGGUUCCAUGCACUCGCUACAAACAGCGCCACCCGUGCCGGAGGCGGAGGAGUACUGGGACGAGGAAGACGAUGAGGAUCUGUACGAUGAGCAAGGAUACACGACGGCCCAUUCAUUCCGGUCGCAUGGUGACAACACCACCACCGGCGCAACAACUCUCCUCGUACCAAAAGUGACUUCCCGGAUCCAGGAGGAGUUGGAAGAGGCCAAAUUCUACGUCGAGGACAAUCGCCUGCAGGAUGACAUUGACGAGGAAGAGUGGGACGUGAGUAUGGUUGCAGAGUACGGCGAGGAGAUCUUUCAGUACAUGCGGGAGCUCGAGACAAAGAUGCUCCCGAAUCCUCAUUACAUGACCGAGGUCCAGGCUGAGAUCCAGUGGUCGAUGCGCUCCGUGCUCAUGGACUGGCUUGUCCAGGUCCACAACCGGUUCUCUCUGCUCCCCGAGACACUCUUCCUGACCGUGAACUACAUUGAUCGCUUCCUUUCGAACAAGAUGGUGUCUCUCGGUAAGCUCCAGCUGGUUGGUGCCACGGCCAUUUUCGUUGCAGCCAAGUACGAGGAGAUCAACUGCCCCUCCGUACAAGAGAUUGUAUUCAUGGUUGACGGCGGCUAUACCGUGGAUGAGAUCCUCAAGGCUGAGCGUUUCAUGCUGAGCAUGCUACAAUUCGAGCUGGGCUGGCCGGGCCCCAUGAGUUUCCUGCGUCGCAUCAGCAAGGCUGAUGACUACGACCUGGAGACCCGGACCCUGGCCAAGUACUUCCUCGAGGUGACCAUCAUGGACGAGCGCUUCAUAGGCUGCACGCCCAGCUAUCUUUCCGCCGGUGCCCACUGCUUGGCACGCCUGAUGCUGAAGAAGGGCGAAUGGGUGAGUUCAGAUCCAACCUACGGUCAGCGUAUCGACGGCCAUAAGCUAAACUCCCUCUGGUCACUCGGACACAUCCACUACUCAGGCUACACGUGGGCUCAGCUCAAGCCCCUCGUGGCCAUGCUGCUCGAGUGCUGCCGGUCUCCACAGAAGCACCACACCGCCGUAUACGACAAGUAUGCCGACCGCCGAUUCAAAAAGGCCUCCACCUUCGUCGAGGAGGAGGUGAACAAGGGAUUUGUCCUUCCCUUCAACCACUCAGUCCCACGUCUGUCCUUGUGUGGUGCUUCUCAUGAGCCUUCUGCUUCGCUGAGGUUUCCCCUCCCCGACCUCAUCCUUGCCGAGUCCUGA